CCACUUCCUGGAGCCGCCGGCCGGGGCCGCUCGCCGCACUCAGCGCCGGAGCCGGAGCCCGAGGCGGAGCCCGGGGCCGCCGCCAUGUCCCACCAGACCGGCAUCCAAGCAAGUGAAGAUGUUAAAGAUAUCUUUGCCAGAGCCAGAAAUGGAAAGUACAGACUUAUGAAAAUAUCUAUUGAAAAUGAGCAACUUGUGGUUGGAUCAUGUAGUCAGCCUUCAGGUUCCUGGGAUAAGGAUUAUGAUUCCUUCGUUUUGCCCCUAUUGGAGGACAAGCAGCCAUGCUAUAUAUUAUUCAGGUUAGAUUCUCAGAAUGCCCAAGGAUAUGAGUGGAUAUUCAUUGCGUGGUCUCCAGAUCAUUCUCAUGUUCGUCAAAAAAUGUUGUAUGCAGCAACAAGAGCAACUCUGAAAAAGGAGUUUGGUGGUGGCCACAUUAAAGAUGAAGUAUUCGGUACAGUAAAGGAAGAUGUCUCAUUACAUGGGUAUAAGAAAUAUUUGCUAUCACAGUCUUCCCCUGCCCCCCUGACUGCAGCAGAGGAAGAAUUACGGCAGAUUAAAAUUAAUGAGGUACAAACUGACGUGGGUGUGGACACGAAGCAUCAAACACUACAAGGAGUAGCAUUUCCUGUUUCUCGAGAAGCUUUUCAGGCUUUGGAAAAACUGAAUAAUAGACAGCUGAACUAUGUGCAGUUGGAAAUAGAUAUAAAAAAUGAAAUUAUAAUUUUGGCCAACACAACAAAUACAGAACUGAAAGAUUUGCCAAAGAGGAUUCCCAAAGAUUCUGCCCGUUAUCAUUUCUUUCUGUAUAAACAUUCCCAUGAAGGAGACUACUUAGAGUCCAUAGUUUUUAUUUAUUCAAUGCCUGGAUACACAUGCAGUAUAAGAGAACGGAUGCUGUAUUCUAGCUGCAAGAGUCCUCUGCUAGAAAUUGUAGAAAGACAACUACAGAUGGAUGUAAUCAGAAAGAUCGAGAUAGACAAUGGGGAUGAGCUGACUGCUGAUUUCCUUUAUGAGGAAGUACAUCCUAAGCAGCAUGCACAUAAACAAAGUUUUGCAAAACCAAAAGGUCCUGCAGGAAAAAGAGGGAUACGGAGACUUAUUAGGGGCCCAGCUGAAACUGAAGCGACUACUGAUUAAAAUUGUUAUAUUAAACAUUGCAAUACUAGUUUUUUAAAAUUUAGCUUUUAGUACAGGAGAACUGAAAUCAUUCCAUGUUAUAUAGUAGGGAAAAAAAUUGUACUUUUUGAAAAAAAGCACUUUUCACUUCUGUGUGUUUUUAAAAUUAAUGUUAUAGAAGACUCAUGAUUUCUAUUUUUGAGUUAAAGCUAGAAAGAGUUCAACAUAGUAAUGUUUAAUUUUGUCACAGUUUUCAGAGAGUGUUGAUUCCACAUUUUCACGUGAUUCUUAAAAUUUUAUAUAGUUGGGUCAGUUUGAGAAAGUUGAAUGUCUUAAAGUAGGGUAUAUUUCUUAUUACUCUUUAGUGAGACAUCUGAUUUUUUUUUUAAGAGAAUCAGACCUUAAAUAUUCAUACUACUUGCUGAAUAUGUUAAGGACCAGGUUAGAUUAUUUUCUAAGCUGAAAUUUUAGUGUGCCUCAGGAAAGGUGGAAAGUUGCUUACUCUAAGGAGCAAUGCUAACUCUUUUGUCAGUCUGUGAUCAAGUCUGCGACUUUUACAAAUAGUGCUUUAUCGCAGCAGUUUUUUAGAUUUGACUUUUUAGGUUUUUUUUAAUGGCAUUAAGAUUUCUGAAGAUCAGCUCAUUCUGAAACUAGGGUACCAGAUAUUUCCUAUACUGCAAAAUUUCUGUUGCCAUUGACUUUAAACAGUCAGUUCUUUUUUCUAGUACUUUAAAAAAUGUUUCUUUCCAGAGUAAAUCAUUUCAUUUUGAGUACUGUGAGGCCAAAUGUUCAUGUUCAGAUUAAAGAUUUAAGUUACUAUCAUUCUAAAGGAAACAAAUGAAAAUGUUGAGUUUCAGAAUUUUUUUCUCCAAAACCAUUUAUAGGCAGAUUGAGUUCUUUAUCACUUUUUAGCAAAUAUAGAAAUUGAAAAUUGUUUUGGAGUCCUAAUGCUAAACAGCCUAACACAGAUAAACACUUAGCCUAUGAAUCUUGUUUCCUUUAAUACCUUAUUUCAAAACAUAUUUAACUUUUCUCUAAAGCUUUGCAUCUUCAUUUACAAGGUAGAGAGAUUUUGAGCCUCGUAUUUCUUUGAUACUUGAAAUAGAGGGAGCUAGAACACUUCAUAUUUAAUCUGUUAAACCUGCUGCAGAGCCAUAACUUGGAGGAAUUUUCUAAGUGAACUGUGGGUAUCCAGGAUUUGGAAUUUCUUGACCUAAACUUCAUGCUGCAUAAAACAAAUAGUAAAAAUACACAUUUCAUAAUAUAAAAUAUGAAGCACUCCUUGCUAAACCUUAAUAUCUAAGGUAAUACAUGCACCUUUCUGAAAUUCCAUGUGUGUUGAAGUAAAGCAUAUAAUUAUGGUUUGACAGAUUUUUAAAGAUAGAAUUAAGAGUAUUUGUGUGGAUUUUUGUUUGUUUACAAAUAAUUAGACUAUUUAAACUUUCAGAAUAGUCAACAAUAAUGUUGUACUUGUUUACUAAAGAUACACUUUUUUUUCCAUGGGUGCACAAAUAGAUACAUACACACACAAAUUAUUGCAUUAAGAAUCCUGGAGCUGUGUUGUAGACCAUAGCUGAAGCUGUAAUUUUCAGUCAGGACAAUUACCUGUCAUGAAGAUAUAAAAUAAUUUACUAGUGAAUGUUUUUCCUGUACGAUUCAUGUGCAAUUGUACUCAAAAUUCCACUACACUACAUGAAAGAAAAUGGACAUUCCAGAAUAUAGAUGUGAUUAUAUAAUCUGAAACUAAUUAUUAAAUCAAUGAUUGCUGAGAAUCAGUGAUGUGUUUGUUUUCGAAUAUAACUCAUUGUUUAUAUUGUUUUAGGUGACACUAGAUGAUGAAUAACAUUCCCAAUAAAUUUAUAUUGCAGUCAAAAAUUACAUGCCUUCUGUGGACAUUUUAUAAGUGCAUUUUAUAUAGCAAUAAAAAUUUUUUCUCUUUAA